AAAAAAAAAAAAAAAAAGCAGGGCUUUUUAUAGCAGCAAAGUGCCUUUGUUGGGGAACUGUCUUAUCAGGAGCUUUCUGCACUCCCAGCAGUAUCAACAGUCCUCAGCGCUGCCCACACAUUUCAACAAACAUUUUUUGCUUCUGCAUGAACAGACACAAGGUUUCUGGCUCCAGCAGAAGAAAAAUGUGGGGUACUGGCAGUCUUUUUGGUGACAGAAAAGCAGAAGUGCCAGAUACACCUGAUAUUUCUGGCUCCAGCAAAGGAUAUGUGUGGCAUACACCCAGUGGUUCUGGCUCCAGCAGACAAGUGUGGUGGACAUCCAACAUUUCUGGCUCCAGAGGAAUAGAAUCAUGGCAUGUAAAAAAAGGAAAAGAGGUAUUGGAAAGAAAGUGUGAGGAUACUGAUCCCAUAAAGACAACUGCAGAAGGCAGCAGAUAUAUAUCUGACACCUCACGGCAGCCAUCAGCCUAUGGAGACCAGACUUCUAACAUGAAGGAAAUGUUUGAAAUUAUGAAAGAGAUGUACAAGAACACAAAGGAAGUAUUUGAAAUGAUGACAAAGAUGGACAACAAAAUAACAAAUUUGUCUGACACUGUUGAUACUCUAUUUCACCUUCUGGACAGUCACGUCAGAGAACUUCCUGAAAAGGUAAUUAAAAUACUGCAUAAGGAGAAUGAAGAAAAUGAGAAGCUGAAAGAGAAGAACAAAAAGCUAGAGGAAAGAAUCCAAAAGCUGUUGGCUAAAGUGAUGGCCAUGCACCAGCACUCUGAGGACAUCAAUGACCCCUCACGUUUGUCUGCUGUGCUGGAGAGAUACGAGAUUCUCCGGCUGCAGGAAUGGGAGAAAGUCAGGUGCUCCAUGCUCCACCGCUGGACCUAUGAAGAAGGCAGUGACGCCAUCAAGAAGGUGUUUGAUGCCUGUGAAAAAGAUAUACAGCAGAGAAGAGAGGACAUACUUAAAGUUCUUUACGUUCCACCUUCGAAUAAGGUGAUGAUGCACGACAUAAUGAAGCUGUUAAGGCAACACUAUCACCAAAACUGGAGGGUUUACAACCAGAUUGUUCAAGAAGCUGACAUUCACGAAAGAACUGAAAAUGAAAAACAGUUCCUGCUGCAGUGCUGCCAAAUUUAUUGUUUGCUGCUUCUUCAGGAUCCACCAGUUAAAGCUGAGUGGAGCAUAAACAGCAGGCAUGUAGAGCAUGUGGACAAGAAAGAUGUAGUGUACUGGCAAAAUGCAUCAUUUCUGUGGCCCAUAAUGAAAUGUGGGGAAGAAAUUAUUGUGAAAGGUGUAGUCUGGGACCAAAGGAAAAUGACUUGAGAGUCAGGCUAAUUACUUACUUAGCCAUAAGAUGAAACAGCUGCUAUAUAGUACUCUGCUUUUCUUUCUCCCAUGAAUUGCCUACUUUUCAGAGCUAGUAAGUUAGACAUCCCCCACUUGGGACACCUAGGAUAAAUCAUCAUUACAAACCUGUAUUAAAAAUUGAAGCUAUUCCAAUUGUCUCCUCACAAAGACCACCUGUCUGUUAGCACUCCUCUGCUUCCUCACAUCUUUACAAUUUACCUCUCCCAAAGUCCUUCAGCUACACAUGUGCCACAGCUCUGGACCGAAGAAUUCCAGAAGUUGUAUUCUGUGGCAUAAUGGGCAUGCAAUGAGGCAAAUGCAUGUUCAUGCGAUUUGGUGUGAUACAGUAUUCUGUGAGCAACUUGAGAAUUACCAAAUAAAAAAGACUUUAAAUUCU